AACAAACUGUGAUUGGUGCUCACUGGGACGUCUGCCUUCGCAUUUUGAGCCUCCUACCCUUAGGAUUGGUAGUGCACUCAAAGUAGCCAGCUACAGCAGAACCACAAGUACCGUAACUAAGCAGCAGCCUGGUCAAUAUUUUAUAGCUUCUUAAUGGCCAAUGAUCUUUCAUUCUGAUUUAUAAUUGAGCUCUGAAGCCAUUACCACCUUAUAUCAAGUUUACAUCAAAAAACUGCUGCAGUGCUUUAUAUCAAAACUGUAGCCGCAACAAGCCACAGUUGCCUCACUACUACACAUCUUAACACCUACAAUCAUUCCAGCUGACAGGGUGACCCCACAGUUAACUCCACAAACUCAGGAUGGAGGAGCCCAUUUAUGCAACAGGCAUGGCCGCCAAGCUGAGGAGCCAGUGGGAUCGUAAUGAUGGUCUGGGACAGAAUCACAAGGCUGUGAAGUUUCUGGGUCAGGACUAUGAGAGUCUGAAAGCCCAGUGCCUCCAGAGUCGGAAGCUGUUUGAGGAUACUUUGUUCCCUGCUAUCACAUCUUCUCUGGGGUUCAAAGAGCUUGGCCCCAAUUCCGCCAAGACCUACGGAGUGCGGUGGAUGAGGCCCACGGAGUUCUGCAAAUGUCCUGAGUUCAUCGUAGGUGGAGCCACUCGCACAGACAUCUGCCAGGGAUCUUUGGGUAAGUGCUGGCUGCUGGCAGCCAUUGCUUCGCUGACCUUAAACGACAAUCUUCUCCACAGAGUGGUUCCACACGGACAGAGUUUCCAGCAGGAAUAUGCCGGCAUCUUUCACUUCCAGUUCUGGCAGUUUGGUGAGUGGAUGGAUGUGGUGAUCGAUGACCGGCUGCCAGUGAAGGAUGGGAAGCUGCUUUUUGUCCACUCUGCAGAGGGAACCGAGUUCUGGAGCGCGCUGCUGGAAAAGGCCUACGCUAAGUUGAAUGGCUGUUAUGAGGCUCUCUCAGGCGGCAGCACGUCCGAGGGCUUUGAGGACUUUACAGGCGGCGUGACGGAGUCGUUUGAGCUGAGAAAAGCCCCAUCUGACCUCUUCAGCAUCAUGAGAAGGGCCGUAGACAGAGGAUCGCUGCUGGGCUGCUCCAUAGACAUCACCGGCACGAGUGAGAUGGAGGCCGUCACGUUUAAGAAGCUGGUGAAGGGACACGCCUACUCUGUGACUGGUGUGGAAGAGGUGAAUUACAGAGGAAGUCCGACCAAGCUGGUUCGCAUCAGGAACCCCUGGGGGGAAGUGGAGUGGACCGGAGCCUGGAGCGACAACUCCAGAGAGUGGGACAGUGUGGAUAGCUCUGCCAGAAGUCGGCUACAAAUACGCGGCGAGGACGGAGAAUUCUGGAUGUCAUUCAAUGACUUCCUGCGCGAGUUCUCCCGUCUGGAGCUCUGCAACCUGACGGCUGACGCCCUGGAUAACAGCCAGGUGAAGAAAUGGAGCACUUCGGUCUAUUCAGGAGAGUGGAGGAGGGGCAGCACCGCUGGAGGCUGCAGGAACUUCCCAGCAACCUUUUGGCUCAACCCACAGUUCAAGAUUACGCUGCAGCACCCCGACUCCGGCCAUUCAGACUGCAGCUUCCUGGUCGGCCUCAUGCAGAAGGACCGCAGGAAGAAACGGCGUGAGGGCGAAGACAUGGAGACCAUCGGGUUUGCCCUGUAUGAGGUUCCAAAGGAGUUUAUAGGCAGUUCAGCAGUCCACCUGAAGCGAGACUUUUUCCUCACCCACGCCUCCAGCGCUCGCUCAGAGACCUUCAUCAACCUGAGGGAGGUCAGCUCGCGUCUGAAGCUGCCGCCCGGGGAGUACAUCGUCGUCCCCUCCACCUUUGAGCCAAACAAAGAGGCCAACUUUGUCCUCAGAGUUUUCUCUGAGAAACCCGCCAACUCGGAGGAGCUUGAUGAUGACGUCGUAGCAGAUCUUCCACCAGAGAUUCAGCUGGAUGAGAGCCAGAUCGACAGCUCCUUUAAGAACCUCUUCAGACAGCUGGCCGGGCCGGACAUGGAGAUCAGCCUCACAGAGCUGCAAACCAUCUUGAACAGGAUCAUCAGCAAACAUAAAGACCUGAAAACAGAUGGCUUCACACAAGAAGCUUGUCGCAGCAUGAUAAGCCUCAUGGACACGGACGGCAGUGGAAAGCUGGGCCUGACAGAGUUUCAUGUACUCUGGGAAAAGAUUAAACGAUACCUGACCAUAUUCAGGCAGUUUGACUUGGACAAAUCGGGCACCAUGAGCUCCUAUGAGAUGAGGAUGGCUCUUGAUUCUGCAGGUUUCAAGCUGACCAACCAACUGUUCCAGCUGAUUAUCCUGCGCUACACCGAGGAUGACAUGACUCUCGACUUUGACAACUUUGUCAACUGUCUGGUGCGACUGGAGACCAUGUUUAAAACCUUUAAGACCCUGGACACAGAUAAAGACGGUUUCAUAACCCUCAACUUCCAUCAGUGGAUUACUCUGACCAUGUUUGCCUAGAGAUGAGUGGACUCUUGCACUGCAUCCUGCUGCAGCUUCAGGCCCAGUAUGUGUUGUUUCAGAAGUGCCUUUUUUUCGGCGCCAGUUCUUCCUCUCGCUGCCGAAGCCCUCUGAUGCUAAACAACUGUAAAUUGAGCUCUACAGUGUCUACUUUAGAAAUAAUGUGCCAAACCGUUACUUGUCACACGUUUUGCUAACAGAGGAAAGCUCCCUUCUCGUAGGCGUUCAGUUUGCUGAGCUACAACCUUUUUAGCUUUACAAACAUUUCUUGUCUUGGGGCAGUUACUCUGGGGGAAGAAAAAAACAUAUUGUUAAAUUUCAAUUAGUGAAGACAAGAAAUAUGUUGUGAAAUGUUACUUGGUGGAAGAAAAAAAACAACCUAUUUUCUUAAAAAUUACCUUCUAAUCAUAGUCGUUCAUGUUUAAAGGGCUUGUACUGUAUCUACCACGUUUUUAAAAGACCAAACCUGGCUUGUAAGAACUGACUUAUAAGAAAGUAAAUAAAUAAAUUAAGCAACUGAAUAAAUUGAUGAAUUGACUAAUAAACACUCAUUAGCAAUAGCCCAAAAUGCCUAAAUAAAGGAAGGGGUAAAUGUGUAUUAAUUCUGAGGGGUUAUUUUCCGUUAGCAGGAUUUAGCUGACCUUUAGCAUAUUUUCAGGAGAAGUAAGGGCCGGACUGGGAUAAUAAUUUAGACUGGGAAUCUAACAGCAGUUAGGCAGCAGGCCAAUACCACAUUCACAGCAGCUCAUGUAUACUGUAACGUUUUUUCCGUUUACUCUUCGGAUGGCCAUUCUCCUUAAUUAUGUCUCAUAAGUUGUUGCAGCAAUUUUUGGAUUGAUACUGAGAUACAGGUUGUUACAUAUAUUUGAUUCAAAAUGUAACCACGUUUGACCACUUGAGAAUUGGUUAAUAUAAAUUUAAACAUUAAUGCACCAAGACUUUGAUGAAUACCAUAGAAAAACACAUUACACAUGGGAAUUAAACACUUAAACACAUUUUUUUUGGUGAGCACAUCUGUUCUGAAAACUGCUCAGAAUCCCCCUUAUUGUCAAUAUACCUAGAAAAGCCAUACAUUCUCUUAAUGCCCUAGUUUGUUGUUUUAAAGUUUCACAAGGCUAUUCCCAUAAAACCCAUUUUCAUUCAAAAUGACAGGUCAGGAGACCAUGGCCCUGUCAGUUUUUCCCUCGCCAAAAGCCUAAAGCUGCAUCGUUAUUUAGAUAGCAUUACAUGGUUGGUGCAAAUUAAUUCCUUAGAUCUUCUAGUCCCAUAUGAUACCAAUAUCUUCCUUUUGAAGUCUGCUAGGUCUCUAACACAGUCUGUCAGUUUUAUGUAGGAACUAUUUUCUUUCUACUGCACUGCAUCUGCCACUAUAUAACCGAGCAGAAGAAGUGUCCCGAAGGAUCAAGAGGCAUAGACGACUUUGCUUGCUUCUGGGUAUUAGUUCAUAGCUACAGCCCAGUACGCCAUGAAUGUUUAUGUCUCUGUGAUGCGGUUGGCAGCAGCUGUAGUUCGGUAGUUGGUACAUAAAACUGCUCACAACCAAGCCUGUGGAUUAUCACUAAGUGAUAAGAGAAAAAAAAUCCUGUUAGUCCACCAAGAGUUAAUGUACUUGAGGACAAUCAGCAAAAUACUCCAGAGCUUUAUUUUUUCUUUUUAAACCUGCUGUCAGUUAUUACAAUCGGUGCCAGAUGUGGUCGAUGUGGACAGCUGUUGAGUGUGCUAGCUUUUUCUCCAGCCUGUUUUUAAUGCUACACAUUCAGCGCCUAUGAAUGUGCGCAACAUGUAUCUCUAAUCUGCCUUUGUAGCGACAUUGCCGGCCUGGUACUAUCUGUUUACAUCUAGUGCCAAACUUUGCCUCAGCACCAAGAGUCCACUCAUUAAGCUUCACUGAGCCCUGCAGUGUGGAGACAAUGAUGGCGUGCUGACAAUGUGUUGAUUUAUAUUUCCUUAAUACCAAUACUUGUUUAGCUUUAAGACAUUACUUAUUAUUAUGCAUGGCACUUUUUAUUGACUGUUUUGCCAAAUAUGAAAAGAAAAAUAAUUUUAUAUCAUGGUUGUAGCUGGGUAUCAUAGUUAAAAAGGGAUGCAUCGUCCUUGUUUAAUCCUGCUUUUUUGAAAGGAACAAGUACAUGUCAAUACUUUAGGUGAAGGUAAACUAUUAUGCAAGUUGGAUGGGAAUGUUGUAUGCAUGCAGUGUAAAAUGUGAUAUACUGUAUAUUGUAUAUUGUCUGCCUGCCAAAUUAUGUUCAACCAGGGGAGCAAGUGUUUUAUUUGAAGGGUUUUUUUCCAAAAUAUGGAGGAUCUACAUUUUAACUGUUGUCAUUUUCUUAUCAAGCAAGGAGUUGGAAGUGUUUCAAAUGCCAAAAUAGUUAGUUUUACCAAUUAUUUCUGUGUUUUUGGAUUUGGAAUUGAAUUUGAAACAUUUAAUCAAAAAUUGAAAGGUAAAACCUUAAGAUAGUCCAGCAUUCAUGUCUUCAGUUUUUGCAGUGUAAUGCUUAUGUAACAUUACCUAAUGUUUACAAUGGUAACAUUGGUGUCCCUUUGGACCCAGUCAUCAUGCAAUACAUUUAACUGUGUAGCGUCUCUGUAAAACAUAUAUACACACUUUGACAAUAAAAAUGGGGAUUUUAC